UCAUCAAUCGCCCCAAUACCAUCACAAUGGCUGCCGGACGAAGCGCAGCUCUGAAGCUCGACUGGGCAAAGGUCACUCAAUCCCUUGGUCUCCGUGGCCAGACCGCCACCUCUCUCCAAGCCUUCAAGAAACGCAAUGAGGAUGCUCGUCGCAGAGUGCAAGUGCUGUCCGAACAGCCAUCGAAGGUCGACUUUUCACACUACCGGUCCAUCUUGAAGAACCAAGCUGUUGUCGAUGAAAUCGAGAAACAUUUCAGCACUUUCAAGCCAGCGACAUAUGAUGUUGCUAGACAAAUCAAGGCCAUUGAGGCUUUCGAGGCACAAGCUGUGAAGAAUGCUGAGGAGACCAAGGGACGUGUUGACAUGGAGUUGAAGGAUUUGGAGAAGACAUUGAAGAACAUCGAGGAGGCUAGACCGUUUGAGGACCUCACUGUGGAUGAAGUUGCUGCUGCUCGUCCGGACAUCGAUGAGAAGACCUCCCAACUCGUUUCAAAGGGACGCUGGUCUGUACCAGGCUACAAGGAGAAAUUCGGCGACCUUUCGAUUCUCUAGGCAAUUGCCUCGCAUCCUUUCCUAUGUCUGUACUUGUGUAAAUAGCGGACCAGUAGAAGACGAGAUCAAGAAGGCAUAUUCACAAAUAUUGUAGCUUCUCAUCAUUGCGGUGACCAAUGUGCGAAAGUUGGUCUUAUUUUUACUCAUUCAAAAUCGCAAGUGUGGAUUAUCAAGUUUUGUCUUUAUGCCAAGUACUGGGAACAGCUCCGUGUUCAAAAUUGUACAAAGCAAAAUAAAUCAUCUAGAGUGCUAUCAAGUCCUCUAUGUUGCUUCUCAACGCGAAGUCUGAAUAGAAUCCGGACAUCGAACAUCUCU